CAGAUUGUUUCCGGUGCAGUACAGUGCGGUUGCUUUUGCUCUGCAUAUUAUUGCUGCCCUCGUCGAGGAUUGGUGAUCACAAAUCAUACAAAGUCUACGGUCUACCUAGGCCAAGUACCGCCUGCUCCAACUUACUACCAGCCAACCGAUCAACCUACGUAAUCCGUCCACCAAGCUGUGCGUCCUCGGCCCAAUCCUCUGCAACUCGGGACAACAUCCUCUGGUCCUCAAUUCUAUUAUCCAGCUGCUUUUGCAAAAAUCAUAAGAUACGAUCCCACCCAGAAUCAUAAUGGCGGAUGUGGAGAUGAAAGAAGCGACCACGCCUGGCGCCUCUAAGGCGAAGGCUACGCCUAAGGCCACAGAUGCCUCCAGUGAUGGCAAGAAAAAGUUCGAGGUUAAGAAGUGGAACGCUGUGGCUUUGUGGGCUUGGGACAUUGUUGUCGACAACUGUGCGAUUUGCCGUAACCAUAUCAUGGAUCUAUGCAUCGAAUGUCAGGCAAACCAAGGAUCCUCUACAACGGAAGAGUGUACAGUAGCCUGGGGCAUUUGUAAUCACGCCUUCCAUUUUCACUGUAUUUCACGGUGGCUAAAAACUCGCCAAGUCUGUCCUUUGGACAAUAGAGACUGGGAAUUUCAAAAAUAUGGUCGGUAGAUUCGUGUCUGCUACGAUUGGGUCUAGACAGCAGGCUGGCCAUGGCCUCACUCGUGCAUCCUCUAGACGAGUAUGAUCGGAUUCGGAGGAAUAGGGUGGCGUUUGCGGGUAUCAUUCGCACUUUCAGUAGAGGCUUUCUGAAUUCACUUAUAAUAGGCUUCUCUUGAAGAACUGCGGGCAAGCCGUGAUCAGUUCCGGCUAUCAGUAUGACUUGUAAAGCCCACGGC